AUGACUACCGCAUCCCUACACGGAGGAGGCUCAGUGCCAACCCCUGUUGACGUCUUCACUGGCCCUCUAGUCCGGAGGUGCCUCAACCGUAACUUCGCUGCUUCCCACGAGGAACCCAAGCAUCUCUUGCAGGGUCGGCCCGUCCUUGGUACUCCUUCGGGAGCCUUCAAUAUGGAGAUAGACGGUAUAAGGCGGUAG